AAACAAAGAGCUCAGUGUGUUCAGACUUUGUUUUGCAGCCACAAAGCAGGAGAAGGAAAACGAGACUGACUGAAGAUGAACGGUUUAGAGCAGGUCAGAGCAGAGUCUCCAGGGUCCAGCCAUCUGUCCAUGAAGAGUUACCAUUCCAGGGAUUAUCCUCCAGUCUUCGGUCAGGAACGUGGACACUCACAGAAAACACAGCAGCACAGACUCAGAGCAGAGUCUCCAGAGUCCAGCUGUCUGUCCAUGAAGAGUGACCAUUCCAGAGAUUUUCCUCCAGUCUUCAGUCAGGAACCUGGACCCUCACAGAGAAGACGUCAGCAGCACAGACUCAGAGCAGAGUCUCCAGAGUCCAGCUGUCUGUCCAUGAAGAGUGACCAUUCCAGAGAUUUUCCUCCGGUCUUCAGUCAGGAACCUGGACCCUCAGAGAGAAGACGUCAGCAGCACAGACUCAGAGCAGAGUCUCCAGAGUCCAGCUGUCUGUCCAUGAAGAGUGACCAUUCCAGAGAUUAUCCUCCGGUCUUCAGUCAGGAACCUGGACCCUCACAGAGAAGACAGCAGCAGCACAGACUCAGAGCAGAGUCUCCAGAGUCCAGCUGUCUGUCCAUGAAGAGUGACCAUUCCAGAGAUUUUCCUCCGGUCUUCAGUCAGGAACCUGGACCCUCACAGAGAAGGUAA